GGUCUCUGUUCUUCACCUCUUUUCUGUUGACUUCCUUGCUCGACACUCGCCUUGUGCGGUGCACUUUUUGACACUCGAAGUGUCUUACAUUCUUUUGCUUUCCAACCCCACACGCUCUUUGCGAAUCACGGCCUCGUUGAUCGAGACCAUCUGUUGAAGUUACAAAACAUAUACGCUCUCUCAUUUUGAGAUUUUUGGCAUUGCAACCAGCUCUCCGAAUCAGUCUUUUGUACUACCUCCGCAAUCAAAUCAUAGAGUCAAUAUGAAGCUACUCUCCGGAAAGAGCAUCGCCCUGGCUGCCCUGGCUGGUCUCCAGGCGGUCCACGCGCACACCCUCUUCACCAACUUCUACGUUGAUGGCGAAAACCAGGGCAAUGGAGUCUGCGUCCGAGAACCCAACGACCCCUCCAAAGCCAAUUUUCCCAUUGAGGACCUUUCUAGCAAUGAUAUGGCUUGUGGUUUCAAUGGCGAGACUCCCGUGUCCCGCGUUUGUCCCAUCAAUGGCAGUGCAACCUUGAGCUUCGAGUUCCGUCAGUAUCCUGACGGUUCCAAACCUGGCAGCAUUGAUCCUUCCCACAAAGGUCCUUGCGCCGUGUACAUGAAAAAGGUUGAGUCUGCAAUCCACGACCCCGGCUAUGGCGAUGGCUGGUUCAAGAUCUGGGACGACGGUUACGACGAAAGCUCGAACCAGUGGUGCACCGAAAAGCUCAUUGCCAACAACGGCCACUUGACCGUUCAAGUCCCUUCCGACCUUGCCGGUGGCUACUACCUUGUCCGUCCUGAGCUCUUGGCCCUGCAUGCUGCCGAUAAGGGCGACCCGCAAUUCUACAUUGGUUGCGCCCAAGUUUUCCUCCAGUCCAGCGCGACAGGCACCCGUUCUGACACCGUCUCCAUCCCCGGCUACGUUCACGCCGGCGACCGUUCUGUGUCUUUCAAUAUCUGGCAGCAGCCCAUGGACCUGCCCUACCCUAUUCCCGGACCUAACGUGUCUCGGCCAGACUCUGGAUCGCCAACCACCGCUGUGACCACCCAGACUGAAGGUCUCAAACCCGAAGGCUGCGUCCUGGAAAAUGCCAACUGGUGCGGCAUGGAAAUCGCGCCCUACUCGGACAUGCAAGGGUGCUGGAACGCCAGCCAAGCAUGCUGGGACCAGAAUUCCGCAUGCUACAAAGCCGCUCCGCCAUCCGGCUACGCCAACUGUGAAGUCUGGCAAAACAAGUGCAAGAACAUUCAGAACCAGUGCAGCGCCAACAACUACAACGGACCUCCCGAUGCCGGCAAGGACUUGACUCCGCAGCCCGCAAGCGCUAGCCUGCCUCCUCCUGCCAACGCUGGGUACCCUGAUGUCGGUGGUUCUUCUUCCGCUGCUGCUGCGCCCUCUUCGUCCUCUUCCCCAGCGACCUCCUCUUCUUCUUUUUCUUCUGCCGUCGCUACCUCGUCUGCUACUCCCACUAGCGAAAGCAGCAGCUCCUCUCCUGCCUCUUCCUCGUCCUCUUCCUCCUCCGCCAAUGUCCAGGCCCAGCAGACUACCCAGGCCACUGCCGCCGGCUCUUCUUCAGCCAGCACCGGCGUUCCUCCCAUUGCCACCGACACCGUCUACACUUCUUCCAACGGACCCAGCAGCACCGUUUACGUGACUGACAGCCCCACAAGCACGCCCAGCGCCAACGCCGGAUACGGCAAUGGCGACGUCGUCACUGAGACUGAGACCGUCAAUGAAACUACCAUUGUCACUCAGACUGACUAUGUGACUGCCACUGCCACUGCUACUCCAGGCGCCUCCAACAACAAGCGCAACGUCCAUCAGGCAGUCCAUGUUCCCGUUGGACCUGUCCACCGGCAUUGGUAACGGUGCAGUACUGUGCAUACAGUCUGUUGUCCUGCCGUUCGGUGUAGUGCUUUGGUGCUUUGGUGCUGUAGUGCAAACAUGUAGCGCGGUACUACCGCUAGAUACAGAACAAGCUAUAGUAAAAUUCAGCAGAAUCGAUACCGUUGGACAACUUUUACAUGCGACUUGAUUUGAAACUCCGUGAUGAUGACAUUGGCGUGAUUUGAACUGUGCUCUCAAAAGUUAUUUCCCCGUAAAAAGCUCGUAUUAUACCUUGUACCAUUUUUUUUUAAACUUUUACCAUCUUUGACCCCAUCCGUCAUCUUAUUUUCUCUUCU